AUGGCUCACCGAUUCAUGGUACCCGAUUCGAGUCCCGCUCCAUCGACACCCGAUAAGAAUUCGAAAAAUGGAAUGACCUUCUCCUUCAUGGGCGACAUGCCAUCGACGACUCCCGCCGGCCCUCCUCCGUCCUCCCAAGCCUCCUUCACCCCUGCGGGAGCUCCGUCAGAAUCCUACUUGGGCAGCUCCAUCAUGCAUGGGACGACAACAAACAGCAAACCUCCGAGUUUUGGCUUCAGUCAAAGCCAGUCGCAUAGUUCACUGGGACGCAACUUGUUCGGCCGAAACGAAACAUCUAAUGCGCCCCUGGGCCGCUCCAUAAGGGGCAGGGAGCGACAGCCUUCCGGCUUAAGCCGCCAGUUCAGCUUUGACGACGAGGAAGCGAACGAGGGCGAGGAUGCCGAGGGAGACGACGAGUUACCGCCGCACAGUCUAUUCCGAAAGUCCUCUGCCCUUCCUGACCAGGUAGACGAGGAAGACGAGGAUGCCGAGGGAGACGACGUCGAAGCGCAAAUCGAUCGAUAUAUCGAGGAGGAACUGCAGGCUAAGCAGGAUGGCCGAAGUAAAGCGGAUGGUGACGAUGACCAAGAGGAAAGUAAAAUGUCCCAAGGGGAUUCCGAUGAGGAAGACCUGUUCCUUAACAUGCGACAUGAUGACCGCCCCUACGGACAGCCCAUCAUUGGGGAGGGUGACGACUUGAUUAUGCUUCAAACCCCCGCGGCUGCCGACAGGGUCCGAAGGGAAGCCGAACACAUAUUUAAAAGAUCAUCGGCACGUCCCGGCGGCCCAACACGAGACAAGGAAUUCCAGUUUGCGACUAUCGCCAGGGACAUGUAUACCUCGCAGGACGCUGCUAGAAUAACCGAGUCUCCGGAUUUGAUACUCAAAACAGAAGACUUGGUCUCCAGGCUCUAUGACGAAGGAGUAGGAGCUGUGGAAGAUGCAGAGAAGAUGGAUAAUUCCUUGGCAAACAUUACAUAUCGACUGGUCAGGUUGUGGAACGACUAUGUGGAGGGCUUGCCUCAGCCCGAGGGCGAAGACUUUGCGACCGUUGGACCCGGAAAUAAAGCCGAGCCGUUUGAGAAGGCGACGUACGUUGCCAACCUGAUUCUGCGACUACACCAUACCCGUUUCGAAGACGACAUAGGUGACGAGAAGACGCCUCCACUGCCCGAAGUCUUAUUUAACUGGCAAGAGUCCAGCCACAACCUGUAUCCCGAUCAGGUUCGUGAAAUCAGCCGCUACAAACCAAGUCCGGCCUGCCACGGUUUGUUUUGGCAAACACUGCGAAGCGCGCUCCUUAGAGGCGACGUGAGCGGAGCAUUGCAGCUCUUGAGAAACGCUGGCUGGGACCAAGUUUGUAGAGGCACCCGUGACGACAAGGCUUACGUCGGCAAGGCCCUCGAGAACGUGCGUCGUUUUGCCGAUGCUACGUGCGAAAUGCUCGAAAAGUGCCCGGCCGUGAGAGCCGACUGGGACAUUUGGAACAGUAGCUGGACUCUGUUUCGCAUCCAGGCGCGAGGCUCCUUGGACAGGCUGACCCUCUUCGCGGAAGGGCGUGACGGCCAAGCUGGCGAUCAUUGGGGCGGCAGUCACGCUCAGCAACAACCUCAGUCCAUGUCCACAAUGGCCAGGCAGGCAUCAAGUCAGAUUCCCUGGGACGUCUACGAGAACUUGCAGAGUGUGUAUGGUAUAGUGCUGGGAAAUCACGAAGCCAUCUUGGAAACCGCCCAGGACUGGUGCGAGGCAACGGUUGGGUUGCUGGGUUGGUGGGACGACGCGAACCAGCACCGCAAGAACCCCGGGCUAUCCCAGUCGCGCGGCUUCGGAGCUUCGAGAUGCCAAAUCGGAAGCUCCCCAGACUACUUUGAUCGCCUUGGCUCCGCAUUCCGCUUGGUUCUCGACUCGGACAUGACUCCCAACCCCGCGGAUCCUGUUGAAGUUGCCGUUGCAUCUUGUUUUGAGGGCAAUGUGAAUGGGGUGGUCGGGCUUUUGAGAACCUGGUCGCUUCCUGUUGCGUCGGCGGUGACGGAAGUUGCUUCCCUGGGACAAUGGCUACCGGCUACAAAAUCUGCCAAGCCCCUGCCGACCGACACUUUGGACAUGGACGACCUGGCCUUGCUUGGAAUACUUCCACCAACAAUGGACGAGAUGGAAGGCAUCAAGGACACCACACUCACAUUGUACGCCCACGAGUUGGCCGGUAUCGAACACCUAUGCGCGCAGAAGAGCGGAUGGGAAAUGGCAAUCCGGGUGCUCGGAAGAAUGGACUCGCCGCAAAAGUCGGAGGACGCGGUCGCAGAUUUGCUGAAAAAGCUGCUCGAGACGCUGGAUGAGAAGUCGCGCACCACCGUUGACCGACUGUGGAAGAUAUUGAACGACCUCGGCAUGAUUGUCUACGCCGAGGAAAUGGCCGAGGCAUUCGCAGACAUUCUGUGCAAGACGUCUGACAGAUACGGCGAAGCUCUCUGGUACUACGCCCUAGCUCACCGUCCUCACAGAGUCAAAGGAAUAUUGAAUCUCCUCAUGGCGUAUUCACUGAUUGAAUCAACGGUCUUCCCGCCGGAGAAAGAUAUGGAUGAAGAUUUCCGGAACUUGCUGAGGAAGAGGACCGAAACGCUGGAAAUAGGCGCCAAGCAAGACUUGGAAGCAGCACAGCUCCUUGGUCGCGUGCUUAGUGGUUAUGCCACGCUGCGCAAAUUUUACGAGAUUCGGGACGAAGCAAUCAAGUGCGAGGAGACAUCGAGCGCGAAAUCUAGGGCCUUGAAGAGACAGGCGGCCGUGGCUCUUGUGGCCGUCAUCUCAAGUGCCGACGACAGCAUUCGAGGGGGGUUGCGCGACGAGACGCGGGAUGCCGUGGUGAGCGAGGAUUUCCUCCUGGCCUUGCUCGGCGAGGCCACCGUCUUUGUCAACCAAUCGCCGGCAGUCUUGACGCUGGAUCAGAUUGACGUCUUGCUCAAGGCGGUUGAGGAUUUGCAAACGGUAGGAUCGCGCGCCUACAACUCCUGCCAGUCCUUCCUUGACGCAGUUCUCGCGUCGGGCCAGAACUUGAGGGGAUCCACGCCGGCUGAUCUCCUGACAAAGUCGACAAGUUCGCUCAGCGGAAGCAGCUACGUCCUGAGCGGAAGCUCCAUGCUGGCCAGCCGCGUCCAUCAGGCGACAGGAGGAGGCGGCGUGGAGACGAGGCGCGGCUGGGACUGGAGGAAAGGAUGGAAGGUUUCCACAAAGGGCGACGACUUGCUGCGAAGGCUUCGCCUGGGGCUGUCCAAGGACCUGGGGGUGCUGUGGCUUGAGGACACGGAUGGGGUUGCUUGA